UGCACAAAGAUACAAAUGGAACAUACCUAACUCCUUGGGUUGUAACCUUCCUUGCUGGGUGCAACUGUACAGCCUUGGUAUUUAUUAAUUUAUGCAUGUUUUGGCAGGUCUAGAAUACGCUGUGACAAUCGGCAUCGGUUUUACGAAACUUCCUUGGUAAGGUAGUGUAUCCUUCCCUUGGUGCCUCCAUUCGCUACCAUUCCUUUUGUCGUCCACCUCCGUCUCGGCUGAUGCCGUCGGUCGGGCGGGCGGAUAGGUAAGCCUGCUCAGUUCCUGUUCGUGAACAUUCUUAGUGGCGCGGUAUGAUAUACGGAGAGCAUUGGUCGCUUUGCUUUUCACAGCUCAACGGCACCAAAACCAACGGCAGAUGACCUGUAGGUGAGCCAACUGUCAACCUGGAUCGAUGGCAACUUGCCAAGUCAUCAUAGCCACAACUUCCGCCACAGACAACCACAAAAACAAAAAGUCAUUCGCAAUUCUUUAGUCUUUAAUUUCACAUGGGUCACUAAUAGGCUGGAAGAGAACUUUUUGUUGGUUAAACUUGCUGAGAUACUGACAAAGACUAACGUGCAAUCGUGGCCCGCUGACUCCAGCUUACUCACCAGUCCUCGCCAAAUCUAUCCCUGGCUCGCAUCGCCUGGUCGUCGAUCGACGCCUUCAUCUUGUUUAUCCACUCUCUGGAAGGCACAAACCUCUGCGGCAGCGUCGCAAGCGUCUCGACAAAGGUCAGCUUGGCCCGAUCAAACUGACAGCGUGCCCUCGGCCCAUCACCCUGUUCAAUGAGCUUUUCGACAAGGUGAAACUCGUCGACAAACUUCCUGACUGCGUUGGCCGCCUUCCUAUCUUCCUCACUGAUCUGCUUGUCGAUUCUUGCCUGGACCCUCCGCUGCUUUUGCUCUAGGUACUCGAUGCAGCCGGGGUAAUGCGCAUGUAGCCUCUCAGGGGCCGUGUUUUUGAGCUUGAACAGCAUCACAAUAGCGCUGGCGUACGCGUGGUUGGCUUUGGCCAGGUGCUCGCCAGACCCAUUCUCAAAGGCUUCGGCGUCGGCAAUGUAACCGUCGUACUGUCUUCUGUGCGACGAUAUCCACGAACUCUCCACCGCCAUCUUUUGCCACUCGGCCGCCUUGUCGGCCUGCCUCUGGUAGUCCAUGUAGUUCGGCCCGCCCAACUGCCGAUCGAGGUCCGAUAGGCGCAACAGGUCGGACACGAGUCGACCGUAGAGCUCCGAGGCUUUGUCCCAUGACUUCCGGUUCCACGCCGACUCGGCCUUGGCUUGCGUUCUGAUAUUAGCGGACAAGAGGCUGUUGACCUCGGCCUGGAGCAUUUCGUACUGGGAUGGCACUGCUGGCCUGGACUUACCGGUAUGCGAGCUUUUCCGAGAUGAUGUGUGGUGUCGUCGCUCAUCUUCGUAAGGAGCCGUGCUCUCACGGCGUUGAGACUUGGGUUGCCGUCCCUUGGAAUCAUGUUCGUCAUCAACUACCCCGGUGGCAUGCCGGUAUUGGUCUCGGAGGGUGUUGUGCCUUCCAUAGGUGUCAUACUGGCUCUCCGAUGAAACGCUAAACGCAGGCUGCGGCCGCUCUACGGUGGGCCUUUGGUAUGGCGAGUGCGAUUCUCGCCGGGUUCCGUUGCUGAUUGAGCGCUGCAGAGAAUGGAAGAUUUCAGCUGGGUACGCUGGUUGGCUGUGCGAUGAGCUGCGCGGGUGAGGGGGAGGGGUCGCGUUGUAGUGUUCAGCAUACUCCCUGUCAAAGAUCUUGUUGUUGGAUGUGGGUGGGUAUCGGCGGCUUGAGGGUUCCCGCCAGGCCGCCUGCCGUUCGUAGUUGCCGCUGGAACUCCUGCGCGACGUCGAGCCUCUGCGCUCCUGUUGGUAAAGCGUGUGCUUGGAUUCGGUAGAGGGGCGGACAAAGACGUUCGUGACGAAUUUGAAUUUGUGCUGCCAACCAGACUCUUUGUACUCGGCACGCUCAGAUGGUCCCGUGUAGUAAGACAUGUCUGCUGGUUGGUGAAGAGCGAAGUAUAUAUACUUGGACUCGAGGGAAUACUUACAAGAGACUUACCUUGUUGGCUUGAUUUGAUCGUAUCAAGAUGGCUAGUGGAAGUGGAUCUUGCUGGGUUGUUAUUCGAGGACUAUCUUUGGACCAGGCAUCAUAAGUAGUGGCAUAUAAUGCUUUUAUAACUUGAACUUUGAGCUAUAAAAUCGAUUUUGGAGGGCAAUGGAGCUCAAAGGACAAAGAUAUUAUUCCAAUGCGUCAAUAAUUAUAUCGGAACGAGACAACAAAGACAAUAAAACAGAACAAAGAAUACCCGGCAGUCUUCUCACUCGGAAUGACAAUGUCUCAGUGGCACAUUGGUGGGCAAGAAGAACAAAGAAAACCAGCUAGAUCUCCUUGUCCUACGGAACAUCCAGCAUAGUCUCAUUUCAUAAAACCUACCAUAUAAUUUACGGUCCCCCACCCAGUCUGUUCCUGGCCUUGAACUUCUUUGAGGGAUAACAAUCGUUGAGGAUAAACACACCCCAAAAUAGGUAAGUCACAUUCUCUUCCACAGCCAUCAUCUUUAACACCAAGAAGGGUACGGCGCAGACACAAUGUGCCAAUUCUCAAUCUCAGACUACGCCUCCUGUGGCCACAUCGUCUUCGAGAGGCCAGAGUCCUGCCUGUUCAAGGGUUCCGAGCUACUAUGUGAGUCCUUCCCCAUGAUCGAGAACCGCUAUCCGCACUGCUGUCCCAAGUGCACCAUAUUCCCAACCAGACGGGCCAACACCAUCCCCGCCCCUUCUCCUCCACAAUCCCACCUCCGCAAGGCCUUCUCGCUACCAACCCUCAACAACGCCAUUUGGAGACCGUUCAGGCCUCGCACUCAGGCGCCGGUGGAAUGGCGCCGCACGCGCAUGGUGCACAAGCUCAUGGUCGACCGCAUCACGGAACAGGUCUUGGACAGGGCGAGGGAGGUCAGCGUAGAGCCCGCCGAGAUGCACGUGCCCAGCGCGCUGCUUUGGUGCAUUAGGGAGGAGGGCGAAGAGGUGGGCAGUCUGAACUGGGGUCCCGAUAUGACGACUGACAGGGAGUCUUGUGCCAGCGGGUAUGACGAGGCGCUCGAUUGGUGUUGGAUCAGAGAGGACUCUGUGCCCAAGUCGGAUGGGGCUGGACUGGACAAUGUUGUAUUUGGUGAGUGGGUGAUUGUGAAUGUCGACAAGUCCACCGGGUCAGAAGAACCCAAGAAGGCGAUGGUAGCGAAGGAAGCCUCCGUGGUCGAGUCCACAUCAGGUAAGUACGUCUACCGCAACUAAGAUCAGUGUGAUCAUGGUGGAAGCCUGG